CCGCUCCAGGUGGCGGUGGUGAGGUGUUUCAGGGAGGCGCAGCACCACCACCAUCCGCCGCUAGAGGGCGGAGAAGGGGAAGGGGAGCUAAAAGCGGGGGCCGGCUUUGAACAAGAGCAGUUUCCUCAAGUGUAAGAGGAAAGCGCACCGUGGUCUCCUCGUGGCUGAGCCCUGACGGCAUCGAAACCUCCGACGGAGAAAAGAAAGCCGACUGCAGCGGGAAGCUCCGCGUCCCCCCCCCCCAGUCCCCCCCACGAGAGGGACACACACAAGAAAGGACGAUGUCGGGCUUAAAGAAGAGGAACUCGAGCUCAUCGGCGGACAAGGAGGAGGAGGACAAGCAGGUCACGGAGAGGAUGCUGUCCACGCCGGGCGGCGCAGGGGCGAGGCGGGACCAGGGCGCCACGCCGGGGGGAGAGCCGAGCACCGUCGCCGCGGGAGAGGGAGGGAAACAAGGGGUCGUCCUGGAGAAGAACAUCACCCUGUUCAACGGCGUGGCUCUCAUCGUCGGCACCAUAAUCGGCUCGGGCAUCUUCGUCACGCCGACCGGCGUGGUGAAGGAGGCCGGCUCCGUGGGUCUGUCCCUAGUGGUGUGGGCGGUGUGCGGCGUGUUCUCCACGGUGGGAGCCCUCUGCUACGCGGAGCUGGGGACCACCAUCACCAAGUCCGGCGGGGACUAUGCCUACAUCCUGGAGGUGUACGGCUCCCUGCUGGCCUUCCUCAAGCUGUGGAUCGAGCUGCUCAUCAUCCGGCCGUCCUCGCAGUACAUCGUCGCCUACGUGUUCGCCACCUACCUCCUCAAGCCGCUGUUCCCUGACUGCCCGGUGCCGGAGGAAGGGGCCAAACUGUUGGCCUGCCUCUGCAUUCUGUUUUUGACCUUUGUGAACUGCUACAGUGUGAAGGCGGCCACCAGGGUGCAGGACAUCUUUGCCGCUGCCAAGCUCCUGGCUCUGGGCAUGAUCAUCAUCAUCGGCUUCGUCAAGAUCGGCCAAGGUGGCGUGGAUCGCCUGCUUCCAGAGAAUUCCUUCGAGGGGUCCAAGUACGAGUUUGGCAGCAUUGGCCUGGCGCUCUACAGCGGCCUGUUUGCUUACGGUGGCUGGAACUACUUGAAUUUGGUCACCGAGGAGAUGAUUGAGCCUUUUAAAAACCUUCCCCGGGCCAUCAUCAUCUCCCUGCCCAUAGUGACGGUCGUGUACGUUCUGACCAACUUGGCUUACUUCACCACCCUCUCCCCCGAGCAGAUGCUCGCCUCGGAGGCCGUGGCUGUGGAUUUUGGUAACCACCACCUGGGUCCGAUGGCGUGGAUCAUCCCUGUGUUUGUAGGACUGUCCUGCUUCGGAUCGGUCAACGGCUCUCUGUUCACAUCAUCCAGGUUGUUCUUUGUGGGCUCCCGGGAGGGUCACCUGCCCAGUCUGCUGUCAAUGAUCCACCCCACCCUGCUGACUCCACUGCCCUCACUUAUAUUCACUUGCCUGAUGACGCUGCUCUACGCCUUCUCCAACGACAUCUUCUCCGUCAUAAACUUCUUCAGCUUCUUCAACUGGCUCUGCAUCGCCAUGGCGAUCGUCGGGAUGAUGUGGCUCCGCUAUAAGAAGCCGGAGAUGGAGCGGCCGAUCAAGGUGAAUAUUCUGCUGCCGUUGAGCUUCGUGCUCGCCUGCCUCUUCCUCAUCAUCGUCUCCAUCUGGAAGACCCCGGUGGAGUGUGCGAUCGGCUUCGGCAUCAUCGCGACCGGGCUCCCCGUCUACUUCAUCGGCGUCCGGUGGCAGAGGAAACCCAAGUGGAUGCUGCACGGAAUCUUCUCGACCACGGCCUUGUGUCAGAAGGUGAUGGAAGUGGUGCCACAGGCGACCUAAGAGGCCUUGGCAGUCAUCGGGCUGCACGAACGGGAUCUGGGAUCUGACGUCACAGCCGAUGAAGCUUGACCGCCGCUGACCUUGUUGACCUCUCUCUCUCUCUCUCUCUCUCCCCCACCCACACACACUCCCACCCUGUCUGCGGGGUGCUGAUAAGGACCCAACAGAGACAAGCAGGUGUCGGAAGCUGCGCGCUCUUCAACUGCUGUUCUUUAGUUUCUUUUGGACUAUUUUUAGUCACUAACUAUCCCUUGUAGGUCAAUCUUUUGUUACGAUGCAUUUCAAUGAAAUGUUUGAUUUCUACUGUUGUUUUGUCGGUUGUGAAUAUAUUCAUGUUACAAGUCGUCCCUCGUUCUGAAAGAUGACGUUUUCGUCAAAUUGUGCCUUCGGUGGCAAAUGUGUGAAGGCGUAACCGUCGGUUGUUGUUUUCCGGGCCGCGUGACGCUGUGGUCCAGUCUAAAAUCUUCACAAAGAAUCGGACCCUUUUGGUCCGGCAGACACCGUGGUUCUUAAGCUCUUGUUGGAAAGCUUUGUGGUGUCAGUCGUUGCUGAUUGGCCGGGACCUCGCAGGGUCCCGGUUGUUGUUUUAAAGCCCACCAUGCUGCUGCAUGAGGAGCGUGAAGUUGUUUGGAGACCUUGCUGCGUCCAAGACGGUUUUUUUUUUUUUCUUCUCAUUUUUACAGCCAGCUAAAUCCUCCCCUGAGAAAGGAGUCCGAAGUCUCCUCUCAGGCGUGUAAAGCAUUGCAGACCAGUCAGCUGGUGCUCUUUGAAUCCCCAUGUGGUUAGCGUGACCGAGGCAAAGACACCAGCGUGUGUUUGUAUUCUGACCAUCAGUUGAAAGUGGGUCCAGAUUUCAAUGUAUGUGCUAUUUUCCUGCUGUUUGAAUUUUCCAGGUCAGCGAUCUUGUUUUUCCUGUGGGGGAUCAAUGUGUGUGUGUGUGUGUGUGUGCUGAGCCCGGCACACAGAGCGUGUAGAACGUCAUCCCACUGAGGGACAAUGGUUCAGACCCCGCGCUGUGAUAACGCCGUGGAAGAGCAGAGCGACCUCAUGCUCUCCGUCUCCGUUCAACAUUCACAUGUUGUUUUUAUUUAGUUUUGUCAUCCUAAGUGUUUUGUUUUUACUCCAAACACUGUUAAGAAAAAAAGAAGGAAAUGCUGUUUCAUUAACGUCGACCCUCCUACUGCCGACGGGCCAUCUCUCUGGUUGUUGCCAUGGAGAUGUGGGAGGGGUUAAUAUGUAUGUGUUUGAAGUAGAACCUUUUUAACUCUCCAGCCAUCGCACUGAUGGGAAAACUAACCUAUGAAAUAGGACUGUAGAAAGUUUAUUUAUUUAUUUUUAGGUUUAUUGUCAUUAGUCACUCUAAUUUGUUUACAUGGCAUUUAAAUAAAUUCUGAGGUUUUCUUUUUGUGUUUAGUUUUUUGUUCUUUUUUUUUUUUCAAAC